AUGAACGCUGUUAUUGGACGGACCAUGCUCAAGCGCACCACUGCCCUGCGCAACUACUCGAGCCUUCGCGAGAUCAUUCCGCCCAACAUUGGAUUCGCGGCGCGCGCCGGUGAGUCGGCGGCUCCCGAGGCAGCCUCUGGCGUCGCAGCGUCGGUGAAGGACAUCAGCAAGGUGGUGUCGCUGUACCGCGGUCUGCCCAAGGGCGAGCUUGCGGCCCCGGCGGCCCGCGGCGGCCCCCUGGCCCGCUACUACGCGCGCUACAUCGGCGGAGACAAGCCGUCGGGUGCCCCGAUCGUGCACGUUAUUGGCGCUCUGCUGUUUGGAUUGAUCUGGAAAAUGUGUUUGGGCUCAGGCGGUCAGUCCGCAGGCCAGGCGGCGACUGCAGCUAGACCAACGUUCGACCCCGCGCGGGGCAAGGAGACAGUGGUGAUUACGUACCAGCAGCACAAGACCGAUCUCGCCAGCCACACCAAGCUGAAGUACCGGCAGCCGGGCCAGAGCAACGAGGACGAGUACACGAUCGAGGAUCUCAAAGAAGAGCUGCGCGAAGCCGAGCGCAGGCACUUUGAAUCCAGGCGCAUAAAAAACGGCGCGCACGCCCCCGACGACCCGCAAGAGAAGCUCAAAUUUAUCGAGAUGGCACAGCGGCUCGACGCCGAAUCAUCCGACGACGAAGCAGACGACAGCAAUGACGGCGGGAGCUCGGCCGACGAGUCCAGCGAUUCGGACAGCGAAGACGAGACGGCCAUGCUAAUGCGCGAGCUCGAGAAAAUCAAGCGCGAGCGUGCAGAGGAGAAGGCGCGCGAGGAGCAGGAGGCCCUGGAGGAGCAGGCCGAGAAGGUGUCGGCGCUGGGCGACAACCCGCUGCUGGGGAAGAAGGACUUUAGCGUCAAGCGGAGGUGGGAUGACGACGUUGUGUUCCGGAACCAGGCGCGGGGCGAUGACGACAAGCCAAAAAAGCGGUUCAUCAAUGACAUGUUGCGGUCCGACUUCCACCGCAAGUUUAUGAAAAACAAAUUCCAGAUGGAUGACUUUCGCGGCCUGAAUUGGCAGAACAGAAGCGGCGGGAGCACGACGCCUAGCCGCAGUGCUGGCCAAGUCUCGCCCAUGAGCAAGCAGACGCAGAGCAAGGACGACCCAUUCGGCGAGCUCGUGUCGUUUACGAGCACAGCCAAGCCAAGCGACAGGUCUAAGCUGACCCUGCGCGAGCAGCUGGAGCAAAAGUCGCGCAAUUCGCCGUCGGCUUCGCCAAAGCCAUCGCAAACAAGCGCUGCGGACGGCUUGUGGAAUUUCGACGCGCUGGAGCGGGCCUCAACGCCGCGGUCAGUGUCGCACACGCCAGUGCCGCAGAGCACCGCCAUGGACUUUGACCCGUUUGCGUCACCGAGCCAGCCCGCACCUAAACAGCCCAUGGCAGCACCCGCACCCAGGCCCAAUGCAGCGGCCACAGCGCCCAUCCUGCUGGACGAUGACGAGCCGAUCCCCAUGGAUAUCAAUCCGCCGCCAGCGGCCAGCCAGCCCGCAGGCGUUGAUCGUGACUUCGAGAUUGCACAGAUCGUCGAGCACGGGUUCUCGGCAGACCAGGCGCGGUCGGCGCUGGAGCUGUCGGGCGGCAGUACACGCAAGGCCAUUCAGCUGCUGCGCGAGCAAAAGUCAGCCGAGCGCCAGAUGCACCGGCAACCGUCGCAGCGCUUUCACGACGAGUCAUCGGACGAUGACGGCACCGGGUACUCGUACAAUCGCCAGCCUCGGCAGCCCCGCGAUAUGUUUGCUGGUGGUUCUGACUCGCUGGUGGCCGCAGCCAACGAGAUCGGUGCGUCUGUGUGGAAGCAGGCCAAUUCGCUGUUCGCCUUUGGCAAGAAGAAGAUCACUGAAAUGCAAGAGUCGCUGCAGGACCAGAGGCGGAGAGAGAAUACCGACGAGCUGUGGAAGUCCGGGUGGCCGUCCAAUAACCCGAACAUGCAGCGAUACAGGGACGAUUCGUCGGACGAAGAGGAGGUCUAUGUGUCGUCGCGUAGACGGGGCGGGCAGCCCGCAAGGAGCGCCGAGCCAGAACCGCCAAGGAGGGCCGAGCCACAGCUGGCGAGGUCAGCAGGAAGGAGCCAGCAGGAGACAUCAGCGUUUAUUGACUUUGGCGAUGUGCUUGAGUCCGGACCUGCCGCCCCACAGCGCCGUGCCCAGCCCCCACCUGUCUCCGCAGCCCGAACCGCGCCCACCCAGCCCCCACGGCCGCCGCAGCAGCGACAGCCGCCAUCAGCCCCCAGGUCUGCGCAGUCGACCCCUGUGCCCCAGUUGGCAGCGAACAUUCUGCGCGAGUCACGCACAAUCAAGGGCAACGCCAACGAUAAGUUCAAGCUGGGCCAGUUCGGCGACGCCAUCGCCGGCUACUCCCUUGCAAUCAGGCGCGUGUCCCAGCACACAGCCGACCACCCGAUCCUGAUUGUGCUCUACAACAACCGUGCCCUGGCGUAUGCGCGCAACGGCGAAGCCAAGCAGAGCCUGGCCGACUGCACGGCGUCGCUGGAACUGUACGAGAAAUACCGCGCCCAUGGCUCCAUUGCGCUGGACAGCACCGAGACCAUUGGGCUGGAGGAGCAGCGCAGCAAGGCGCUCCAGCGGCGCGGCGAGGCUAACGAGGCUGCGGAGCGGUACCAAGACGCGUACGCUGACUGGAAGGCUUUGCGCGAAAUUGCACGCGACCCGUCGUCGCGCCAGCAGGCCGUGCGCGGCAUCCAGCGGUGCGAGAAGGCCCUGGGGAUUGCGCAGCCGGUGAAGAAGCCAGUGAAGAAGCCCGAGCCGCGAGCCGAAGAUCUGGCCAAUGUGUUUGCGUCCAUCUCGAUGUCGCACGUCAAGAGCACUGGCGGUCCCGCUACCGCCAGCGUCGAGAACUCGGCGGCGGUUGGCGAGAUGCGGCGCCAGGAGAGGGCGAAGCAGGAGGAAGAUGCCCAGCGCCUGGCCAUCAACGACGAGGUCGAUGCAAUGCUGGCCCAGUGGCGUGACGGCAAGCGCCAGAAUAUCCGUGCGCUGCUGUCGAGCCUGCACACGCUGUUGCUGACGUUCAAGCCGAUUGGCAUGCAUGAGAUCCUGGAGCCGAACAAGGUCAAGAGGGCGUAUAUGCGGGCCAUUGCCAGAUUGCAUCCGGACAAGCUCGACAAGGACCUGGAUGUCAAGACAAAAAUGAUCUCGGCAAAUGUGUUCAGCACGUUGAAUGAGGCCUGGGAUGCGUUCAAGACACAGGAAGGGAUCAGCUAA